AUGAUCGAGAUCAUUUCUGUUGAUGGGUUGAAUUUCAUAUGCAAACAUUUGGCUGAACUAUCCAUUGAGGUUCGAGUGAUUGGUUACAACAAGGCAGGAGAAUGGUGUGAAGCACGACUAGCAGCUACUCGACGAUCGGAUUUAGCCAGUCAGAAGCGUAUCGGACAAAUCGGCUGGGUGCCAAGCAGCUACAUCGCUCCCGUCAAUUCGCUUGAUAAGCACAGUUGGUGAGU